ACUUUAUUGAAAUGGGAAUUUAAUUUCUAGUGACUUUUCAGAAGAAAAAAGAAAUCUUUUUAUUUUCAAAAAUUAGUUUUUGGGGUUAAAGUAUGAGGCUUUUUUGCAAAGAGGAUAAUAUGAUUGAGACAACUAAGCUAACAUACGACCAAGUCAGUUGAGCUGCAUUUGUUUGUCCAAGUCAAAAAUCCAAGUCUAUAUUCAAAUAUCAACCUUUUGAGUCACCACCAAGAACUUUAAUAAUGUAAAUAUAUUUUAUACAAAAAGGCCAGUUUUGAAUCUACGGUUUGUUUUCUAGUCAUUCAAAUGAAGUUUCUUUGAUUUUCCACCACAAUUGAUCUUCUGCUUUGAAACUGUCUUAACCAAGUUUGGAGCCACAAAAGAAGAAAAAUUUGCAAAUUUGAGGAAGACCCAUUUCGUAGAAGAAGUAAAAAUGAUUACUGAGGAAAAAAAACUUGAGGUUGUUGCUGAUUUUUGUGAUGAAAACUUUGAAUCUGAUCAGCUGUCAGUGACCGUUGUGGAGUCAACCUUAUCUGAGGAACAGGACAACGAGAUCAGAGGAGGAUCACAUGUUAAGAACAGACUGAAGAAAUUCAGAUCAAUCAAGCUCUCAAAAUCACCAAGCUUGAGACCUUCCACAAGGAGAUCAAAAACCCAUCUCAGAAAUAUCAGGGUUGAGCUAUUUUGUGAAGAAGAAAACUCUCCAUGUUCAUCUUCUUCUCAUUCUUCAAGCUUUUCCCAGAAAUCAGCACCACCAUUAACAAGGAGAUCUAGCUUCAAGGGUGGAAGGAUUUUAACAAGAAUGUCUAGUAAGAAAUUAAAGAAGAAAAGCUUGGGAGGGACUGAUAUGAACCAAAUGAAGAUAUCUAGAUCAACCAGGGUUGUGCAUUCUGAUGGCUCAAGACUACCAAGAAGACAAAACAACUCAAACCGUGAUGAGUCUUCUGUUGUUUCAUCCAGUGAUGUGGAAGCAUCGCCUCAUUCUUCUAAGUUGACCAAUGGUUAUAGUGCUCUGAAGAUUUCAUUGCAGGCAAGUCCUCGUACUCCUGAAUCUAGUUGUAGUAGAAUUGAUGGGAAGAGAAGGACAUUAUCAGCUUACUCAAAGCCAAACUCAAUAUCUCCUGGUCAGAAAUCAUCUCCUAGGACUUUAACAAGGAAAGCUAGUUUGAAACCUUUGAGGUCCUCAACCAAAAUGGCAGGUGCAAGAUCCAAGAAAAGUCCCUUGAUAAAUCAUUCUGAGAUUUCUCAGUUUCCUGACUUGAGUGUUGAAAGAGCUACAUGUUCUUCCACUCUUAAGGAUUCUAAGUUUCCUGACACCCUGCUUGGAAGUGAGUCCAAUGAAAAUCCGGUCUCGAAGGUCUGUACAUUUUCUUAUUGCUCGCUUCAUGGCCAUCGUCAUGCCAAUGCGCCACCUUUGAAGCGUUACAUAUCAAUGAGGAGGCGUUCGUUGAAGAACCAGAGGAACACAAGAUCAGAAAAUCGAGCCACUCGUAGAGAAAGGAAUUCGGGCAAGGGAAAGGGUAAGAAAGAACCACUAGCUCUUCUAGUAGAAGAAGUUGAUAGAGAAUUGGCCUUGGAAGCUUCCAAGUCAAAUGGGUUAGGUGGUUGUGGCGAAGAAGAUGCAAAGAUCGAUGAUUCUGAUUCAGGAUGCCUUGCUGAGAGGCUAGUUGGAGAAACAUCAAAUCCACCUUCACAUAUUGAUGGGAAUCUAAGUCAAGUAAGUGAUUUUCCCAUUGUUGAGCAUAAUCCAGCACCAGUGAAAUGCUGUUCUGCUAACAAAGAACUGAAUAGAACAGUUCCUCAAAGCAGUGAUAAGGAAGAAACUGGUGCUAAUGCAUUGAUAAAUGAUGAACACUUGGAAAUGGAUUCUAGAUCUGUUGGUGAAAGUAAGGAGCGAAGUGGGAUCACAACUGGAAAACCAUAUGAUGAGUCUUUAUAUGCAUCUCCAAGAGAUCUAGAGAACGAAACCACAGAAGCUAAAGACGAGAAGGAAAAUUUGGAGCCUGGUGAUGGCUUCUUUCAGUUUCCUCCCCCCAAGGAUUCUGAACUUAAUAGUACCAAAAAUAUUGGAACACAGAGAAUGCAGGUGCAGCUAAAGGAUCAGAAAUAUGUAAGAAUGUGGCGUUUGAUGUAUAAGCAUGCUGUGAAGGGAGAAAAUGGAACAAUUGAAAAUCAGGCCCCUCUUGAUAAUGUGAACAAGACAGAACAAGUAAAAGGAGCUGAAGUUGUACCUGAAUCGAACGGUUCUCGUGGUCUUCAAGGUUUUUCAGAAACAUAUGAAGAUACAACAGCAGAAAAUGGCAAUGCAGGCAAGCAGCAGAUGGAACUUUACCAGAAUGAUGCCGUUAAGCUUGUACAGGAAGCUUUUGAUGAAAUCCUUCUCCCCGAAAUUCAGGAUGAUCAAUCAGUUACAAGUGGCGUAAGUUUAGACCAGGAACCCUUGGAACAAGGAUUCAAUGAUGAUGGUACAAGCAGCUUGAAAGAAGAGAAAACACCAUCAAAGUGGGGAGGCAAAUCUGAACUGAAAGCUUCUAAGAGCUGGAGCAAUCUGAGGAAGAUACUUGUCCUCAAGAGAUUUGUCAAGGCAUUGGAAAAGGUGAAGAAAAUCAACCCAAGGGAACCAAGAUAUCUACCUUUGCAGCCUGAUCCAGAAGCAGAAAAGGUUAAUCUUAGGCGUCAAACAUCAGAAGAGCGAAAAAAUGCAGAGGAAUGGAUGCUUGAUUAUGCACUUCAAAAGGUUAUUUCCAAACUUGAUCCACCUCAACAAAGACGAGUAGCAAUGCUUGUAAAAGCUUUUGAAACAGUUCUACCACCAUCAGAUCUUAUAUCUAGUCCAAGGUUGAGUUUAGCAGAACACAGUCAGGUAAAUAAAGUUCAAUCCUACAUUAGUUCGUUCGUUCAAAUUGGUGAGAAGACCGGUAAAGAAACUGAUGAAAAUGAGUAUGCUGGCCAACUCCAAGGUGUUGUAAAGGCAGAACUGCGUGAUCCCGUGGAAUUUCCAAAGCUCGAAGAUGUUAAACAAGAAGAGAAUGUGCCUGUUUCUGAAUCUACUGACAAGGACUGGAAUGAAGGACAAACGUCUGGAAGCAAUUUUGAAAACAGGAACAACAGCAAAGUCAUUCGCUCCAUUGAUCAACAAGAUUUCUUCAGUAUUUCUUUAGAGGAGAAAGAUUCUCACAAGUCAAGUGAUGAGCUGAAUUCAGAUGACAUUGUGAGCACCUUUCAUGAAGCUCUACAAGAUGAAAAUGUUCAAGCAGCACCAAAGCAAAUUGAUGCCAGCUUGGGGACAGAGGCUUACAAUGCUGAGACUUUGGUGAUAACUUCUGCUCCUAUUUUUCCAUUAGAGGACGCCAUGGCAGCCAGUAAAGAAGAGAAUGGAGUAAAUGAGGAAUUGCCUCCAAUUGAGGAAUCAGAGUCCCGUUGCCAAAAUGAUGUAGCACAAGACACUCAGUCGGAAAAGCAGUCAUACAUGAGACUUUGGACUUUGGUUUAUAAGCAUAUGGCAUCAGGUAUUGCUGCAAAAGAUGGAGCCGAACUAAACGAUGAAGUUGAUGAGAAAAGAUUGGACAACGCCAAAACAACGGAAGGAACAGACGUUUCUGUUUCUAGUCAAAGCUGUUCCGAAAAGAAUGAGGAUAUUGACAUGAAAGACGACACUGCAGAUGACCAGAAGGCAGUUCUCCGCCGCAAUGAAGUUAUCAAGCUAAUUGAAAAGGCGAUCGAUGAUAUUCUUCUUCCAGAAAAUCAGGAUAAUUCAGCUGAUGAUCAAGCAACUGUGAAACAGUCAUUAGUCUCAGGCUUCACCAAGUGUGUCUCUACUAAUGAGAGCUCCAGAGAACAAGAAGACAGGAAAGAAGCAGAGGAGUGCAGAGUUCCAGAUUUUGAAGAAAGAGCAACCGAUGACAUCACCACAAAAGAAGAAGAAGAAAAAACCUCAACUGAUCCGAAAAUGCCAAGGAGCUGGAGCAACCUGAAGAGAAUGAUUCUGCUUAAAAGAUUCAUCAAAGCACUGGAAAAUGUGAAGAAAUUCACCCCAAGAGGCCCCAGAUUUCUGCCCUUGGAGGCCGGUCCAGAAGCUGAGAAAGUCAAUCUAAAGCACCAAGAUACAGAUGAGAGGAAAAAUGCUGAGGAGUGGAUGCUUGAUUAUGCAAUUCAACAGGUUGUUACGAAACUAACUCCGGCUCGGAAAAGAAAAGUGAAGCUUCUGGUAGAGGCUUUUGAGACUGUCACUCCAGCUGUUAGAAGAUGAGCUUGCAAAAUGACAAAGGUAAGGCAACAAGUACCAGUUAUGUAGUGAGAUCAUCAUAUGAUGAGUAUGUAAAGCUUAGAUUUAUAUGACAGAAUAUAGCAUAGAUUUAGCAGCAGUGAGAUUCUUGUUGAGUUGCAUAUACAGUAAUAGGAUGGUGUUUUCUACAUAGCCAAAUACAGCAUAUAUUUUUUCAGUUGCAGAAAUUUGGUGUAAGAUUUUAUUUUAUUUUUUUGUUCAAAUUGAUAAUCCUUUGUUUGAGAAGGUUUAUUUGUUUUAUUUAUUUUUUCUUGAGAAUCUAGUUGUAAUAAAUAUACAUUAAUUUUGGUUACUUUGAACAGUUUUUUUCA